GUUCCCACAGCAAUUCACUGCAAACCCAAACCAAUUAAGCUCAUAAACACAAGCAAACACAACAAUGACGAAAACAAAUCAAAAAUUACAUGUUAUAUACUUAGUUGUAGUAUUUAGUAUAGGCAUCCAAACCAGUUAUGCACAAACAACCUGCAAAAACGGACUGGGACGCGUCCUCUACGAACGACUGCCCAACCAACAAUUACAGGGCUACGAUGAUGAUGUGGUGCGCGAUACGGCGCCACCCUUUCGCGUACUAGAAAAGUGUCAAGAUUUAUGUCUGCGCGAUCGCACCGGCACCAACAAUCUGGUGCGCACCUGCACCAGUUUCGACUUUCAGCCCGGCAGUCGCAUUACCUCAUUCGGUGGCACUUCUGAAUACGAAGAAUCCCUUUGCUAUUUGACAUCGGAACAAGCGGGUCCUGAGGGCAUCGGCAGUCUGAUGUUAGUGCCGAAUAGUGUGCACUUCAAUGAGAUUUGUUUGACCUCUAGUCGCCCGGAAAGAGAAUGUCCCAGUCGGCGUUAUGUGUUCGAACGACAUCCACGCAAGAAAUUGAAAUUGCCAAUAUCGGAUGUUAAGGAGUUUACGGCAGCAAAUCGUUCGGAUUGUGAGGAUAAAUGUUUGAAUGAAUUCGCCUUCGUUUGUCGCUCCGCCAACUUCGACUCAACUAUGCGAUCUUGUACUCUGAGCAGAUUCACACGUCGCACACAUCCCGAAUUGCUCGAAGAUGACCCCAACUCUGAUUAUCUGGAGAACACCUGCUUGAAUGCUGAGCGUCGUUGUGACGGCUUGGCCGUGUUCGUUAAGGAGGAGAACAAACGACUGGGCGGUCCCUUCGAAGUGGAUAUUUUUAAUAACAUGACAUUGGAAGAAUGUCAGACGAUGUGUCUGCGCGCCGAGAAAUACUUUUGUCGUUCCGUCGAGUUUGAUGAUCAGACGAAACAGUGCAUUUUGUCUGAAGAGGACUCCAUUUCGCAGAAAGACGACAUUAGCAUCAGUUCCAGUCCGACUCAUCAUUUCUAUGAUCUGGUCUGCUUAGACAAUCAACGCGCUACUGAUUAUCCCGAUAAUUCAGUCACAUCGCAUCUGUUCUCGUCGGGUCGCCGGCCCGAUACCGCCUUUCAACGCUAUCGCAAUUCACGCCUGGGCGGCGAGUUCCAUUCCGAGAUUACGGGCCGUUCUCUAAGUGAAUGCUUGGACGAGUGUCUUCGUCAAACAAGCUUUCAGUGUCGCUCGGCCGUGUACAGUGAUCGAUUUCGCACUUGCCGCUUGAGUCGCUACAAUCAGAAGGACGGCAUGCGCAUCAUCUACGACGCUGACUACGACUACUAUGAGAAUCUGAUGUUAAACGUGGUUGGUGGCAGCGACUCAGAUGGGCAUGGCGGCACUGGUAGCGGUGGCAGCCACCGGCCUGGCGAACAUGGCGGCUCUAAUUGGCGCCCACCAAACAAAGAUGACGAUCGAUAUGGUGCUGGCGGUGGCGGCAAUGCUGGUGGCAGAUAUCCUGGUGGAGGUGGCGGGGCAGGCGCAGGCGGUGGUGCUGGCGUUGAUGACUACGGCCGUCCAUAUGACCGUUACCCAGCGCCCAAUGAAUAUGAUCGUUAUCCAGGCGUCGGCGGAGGCGGCGGCGGUGAUCGUUAUGCUGGAGAUGGCCGUUACCCACCACCCGUCGACAGUCGUGACCCUUACGAUGAACGCUAUCCACCCGGACGUCUUCCUGCUGGUGAUCAUGAACGCUAUCCGAGUGACCGAGAUCGUUACCCAGGCGGCGGUGUAGAUUUGUAUCCUGGCGAUCGCGAUCGUGAACGCUACCCAACAGAUCGUGACCGUUACCCGAGUGAUCGCUAUCCCGUUGAUCGUGAUCGUGAACGUUAUCCUAUUGGUGAGCGUGAUCGUGAACGUUAUCCAAGCGGUGACCGAGAUCGUUACCCUGGUGACAGAGACCGCUAUCCAAUUGAUGAUCGUGAACGUUAUCCGAUCGGUGAUCGUGAACGUUAUCCGAUUGGUGAUCGUGAACGUUAUCCGAUUGGUGAGCGGGAGCGCUAUCCGUUAGGUGAUCGUGGUCGUGACCGUGAGCGCUAUCCCAUCCCUGUCGAUGAUCGUUACCCGCCCGGUCGUUAUGGAGAACGCGAUCGUGAACGUUAUCCAGUGGCUGGUGGCUACCCACUACGUGACCGUUAUCCUUACCGACCUUUGGACCGUUAUCCCAUACCACCAGUUACCGACAAUGGCUUGCCGGGCGAUGUGCCGCAUACGAGACCCUACCCACCAGACGAUGAUCUGUCUUAUCGUCCAUAUGGCACAGCUGGGCGUUACCCCGAAGAUCGCUAUGCCAGUCGGUACCCUUCGCGUUAUGCACCUGGCAGAGAACCCUUGGGUGGGUAUACAGGACGCGAUGCUCCGGAUAGUUUCUUCCUUGACAAACGUUUUCGUCCCUCCUCCUUUGAUUCGCGCUACCCGCUACUAACAGAUGGUCGUGGUGGCACGCCGUCACGUUACGGCCCCGACGGACGUUAUCCACCAGAUGACCUAAUACACAGUGCGCGCAGACCAGAACCAGACUCCGCGAAGCGAUAUCCACCCGCACCUUUAGUGCCGCCUACAACAAUAAGUAAAUACCCUUCAUCGCCGAAUCGCUUCCCGGUAGGUACCGAACGCUUUCCAAUCGAUAUUUACAAAUAUGGCAAUCGAUUUGGCAGCAGCGGUAGUAGUGGCGGCGUUAGACCAGGUUACGAUCGGCCACGCCCACCGCCCCACUACUACGACAUGGACUAUGACGAGCGCUACGGCGAUCGCUAUGGUGGUUAUGAUCGUGAGUACGAGAUUCCAAUAGGCAGACGACCUGCGAUCGGCGGCGGCUAUCCCCACUAUGAGAGUCCCUUCAAUCGUCCCUACGGACAUGGCGUAGGUGCACCACCGCCGCUCGACGACAAUCGCCCUCUACCGCCAUCACUACAUCCUUACGGCGCCGGCGUUCCAAGCGGCCUCGGUCCAGCUGCUGGUGGUGCGGCAACUGGCGGUCCCCCGCGGCCACUGUUGACGCGUUGCGAAGAGACUGAUAAUUUUAAACAAAUCGCAGCCAGACACAAAAUGCGACGCCACUACGUGCGGCGCGCACUAGUCGUGCCUUCGCUCAUCCAGUGCGAGCGCGAGUGCAUCGAGUCGCGCGAAUUCAUAUGCCGCAGCUUUAAUUACAGAGAUGCGGCGGCUACAAAUUACGAUGAGCGCGAUCUGCCUAAUUGUGAGCUGAGCGAUCGCGAUUCGCGCGAACUGGACGUGCACGAUCCGAGCAACUUUGAUGCAGCCAAUUAUGACUACUACGAACGCAGUUUGGAGCGCAGCGAUGGCGAGUGCAUGGACGUAACACAAACCUGCAACGAAGAGGGCAUGGAAUUCACUAUACGCACGCCGGAGGGCUUUCUUGGGCGCAUCUACACGUACGGCUACUAUGACAGAUGUUUCUUCCGCGGCAAUGGCGGCACCGUGAACGUGCUACGCAUCAGCGGUCCACAAGGCUAUCCCGAUUGCGGCACACAAAGAUACGGCGACACGCUGACCAAUAUUGUUGUUGUGCAAUUCUCCGACAAUGUACAAACUAGUCGUGAUAAACGCUAUAAUUUGACUUGUGUUUUCCGCGGACCGGGUGAAGCGAUUGUCACUUCCGGUUACAUUGGUGCAGGAUCCGGCAGCCCCAUACCGAUCGAGUACUUGCCUGCCGAGAAUACGCUGAGCUCCAAAGUGCGUCUCAUGAUACUUUACCAAGGACGACCAACCACCACCAUAGCGGUGGGCGAUCCGUUAACCUUCCGCCUGGAGGCGCAGGAUGGCUACAAUCACGUCACCGAUAUAUUUGCCACAAAUGUAGUGGCACGCGAUCCCUACUCCGGUAGGAGUAUACAACUUAUCGAUAGAUUUGGAUGUCCCGUGGAUCCGUAUGUCUUCCCGGAAUUGGAUAAAUUACGCGAUGGCGAUACGCUGGAGGCGCGUUUCAACGCUUUUAAAAUACCAGAAUCUAAUUUCCUUGUCUUUGAGGCCACUGUGCGCACUUGUCGCGAUGGUUGUCAGCCGGCUUAUUGUCCAGGUGCAGCCGGUCGUCAAGAGCCUUCUUUCGGGCGACGCAGGCGUUCGUUGAACGAAACAGAUGUUGCAGAAAUUGAAUCAAAUACCGAACCGGUAGCUGAACGUUUGGUCGACGAUGUGUCGGAGCUGAAUAGCACGAAGGUGACGGGCACGCUGGGGGAAUUUAACAAAACUUCCACAAGCGAGGAUAAGUCGAAUCAGGAAAUGGAAGAACCGGAACAAGUGCGCGAAAUGAUCGAGGUAUUUGAAACACGCGAGGAGAUCGAAAAAGAGUCGUAUCCACGUAAGCUGGUCGCCCCCAUCGAGACCGUCUGCAUGACACCCUCCGAGUAUCACGGCCUCAUAACAGCAAUUAUACUGCUUAUGGUUCUACUAUUCAGCAUUACCUUGGUGUCCGGUUUGGCCUACAGACGCUACUGGAGCACUAUGUCGAAGAAUCGUAUUGCCGAUCGUCACUCACCCAUCCAUUCAAUGGGGCAUUCGUCGAUACGCACACACGAGCGUUUCAGUGAGAUCGGUCAAAUGCCAAGUGGCAGUGGAAAUGCGAUGCCAAAUCGCACGGCGGGCGCUUUCCGCGCGAACAUGUCGAUAUUCGGCGGAAGUUUGCAUAAGACUUUUGCAACUGGCAAUUUAGCGCGCAUGUGCCAGCUGCCCGUCAUCAAUCCGAUGCGCAAUAACGCCAAUGCAAAUCAUCAAUUCGAAGACCCAAGUGAACCAAUCUACACCGAUCCGUCGCUAUUCGAACGUUCUAGAUCAUUGCGCAGUCUAACUACCGAGGAUGGAGCUGAAGAUCGUCAUGCGGCUUAAUACCCAAGCAAAGUGUAAGCAGACAACCGACCGCAGCACAAACAAACAUCCAUAAAUACCAAACCAAAACAAAGUAAAUGAAAAAAGUUGCGGAGGAGUAAAAUUAAUUAAAAAUGCGUAUACAAAAAAUGCACUUGGAAUUUAAACAAAACAAACAAAAAACAUAUGUACACGCACUCAU